AUGGUUACACGACACGUAUUCAUUUUUGUAAAUCCGACAUCUGGAAGUAACCAAGCUCAAAAUUUGUUAAAUCCAAAAGUUUCACAAAUUGUUAUCAUGUGCCCUACACCCGUUCAUGUACAUUUUUAUAACUCGAAAACUAACACGCCCAAAAAUCAUGCAGGGUUUCUUAUGCUUAAACAAGUUGUUGAAGAUAUGAAGAAUCUUUCCAAAACUCGCACCAAUAAAGAAUGUCUCGACGAAGAAAAGAAAAACUGCAUCAUCACUAUAGCUGCUGGAGGUGAUGGCACAGUGAUGCAUAUCAUAAAUCAAAUUUUCGCUUAUAAUAUUGAUUCCACGUAUGUUACCUUUGGAGUUUUACCUUACGGGACCGGCAACGAUUUUGCAAAGGCUUUUGGAUGGAAGAAUGCGAAUAUUUCAAAUGUUUUUAAUAAGAACUUGAAAAGACUUCGUGAACUUGUUUUUCAGUGGAUCAAUUGUCCCGUAGUUUACCAUGAUCUUUGGGAUAUUAUUAUAACAAAACACCCUCAGGGAACCAUUCAAAAAAUCGAUCCUGUUUCACGUUCCAAACGAUUGGUAUUAUCCAAAGUAGAUACAGCGACGUUUGAUCAUAACACAACUAAGAACGAUGAAAACGAAGAGAAUGAAUUGAAAUUAAAAAUGUCUAACUACUUUAGUACUGGAAUUGAAUCAAGAGUAGGAUUAGGUUUUGAGCGUCAUCGUACAAGAUUGGAAAAACUUAAUAAAUCGUGUUAUGUUUUAGAAAGUUUAAAGAAGACGUUUUUCAAAAAAAAGCUGGUCAUUAAUUCCCAGGUAGUCGAUCUUAGUGAAAUAAUUAAAAGAAAUGAGACAACUGAAGAGUAUAAGGAAAUUUUUUCUCAGCUACCUGAUUCAAUGGUCCAAUUAAUAAAAUCGGGUUCGAUCAUUAUUACCAACAUUCCAAGUUUCGCUUCUGGUGUGAAUGUUUGGGAUAAUGCACGUCACUGGGCACUCACUUGUGCUCCCGAUCCGGACGUCAUGAAAACGAAGCAAAAAAUUGGAGAUGGUAUUCUAGAAAUGACUACAUUCAAAGGUUUAAUGUCGUUAGGCUUAGAACGAGUAUUGAAAGGUCAAGGAAAAAGAUUAGCUCAAGGAACUGGUCCGUAUCGUUUAAGAUUUCAUGAUACCAUUUAUUCUAAUUCCAUAAAAAAUUGUGAACGUAUUUAUUUUCAAGUUGACGGUGACUUCUUCGUAGGAACACUUCUCAAAGAAGUACGGAUAAAAUUAUGGAAAAAAGUGAAGGUGAUUUCUCAAAAUAAAGCCCUACGACAUAAGCAAUAGCAUGGCGUUAUUCAAACCAACAUGUCAAAUUAAGCAUUCUCUUUUUUUUUCAGCCUAAAUAAGAAAAACGAAU